CUGUCCUCGCUCUCGCCACCGGCGCCAUGGCCACCAAGUCCUUCACGGACGACGUCAAGACCUCGUCGACCUCGGUCGGCUCCUUCGUCUCGUCGGCCACCCCGUCUGUCACCUACACCACCGAGAUCGUCACCGCCAUCACCACCUACUGCCCGGCGCCCACCACUGUCACCUACGGCGGCAGCACCUACACCGUGACUGAGGCCACCACCCUGACCAUCUCGGACUGCCCCUGCACCAUCAAGAAGCCCGUGACCGUCACCUCGUCGGUCAUCUGCCACUCCUGCCCCUCGUCCACCUCUACCUACGCCCCGUCCUUCCAGACGAGCGCCACCAGCUCGACCAAGUCGGUCGGCACCGUCACCCGCUCUGCGCCCACCUUCUCUGCAACCACCUCGUCGCCCCCCAUCGCCACCGCCGGCGCCGGCAAGGCCGCUGCCCUCUCGGGCGGCGCCCUCGCUGGUGUCCUUGGCUUUGCUGCGCUUGUCCUUUAAGUUGAUACACCCGCGCGGGCUUCAGGGUGGUUGUGGUGUUGAUUAUGGUUUCGGUGAUGGGUUGUUGAGAGCGUGAGGAAGUUGGUGGGAAGUGGAGAGGGGAGGGAGGGAGUGGAAAUGGAUAGUCGCUGACGGAGGGGAUGUAAGGGGAUGUUGGGACCUCGCUCCGGUUGCGGACGGGGUUCCUGGAUUGGGAUGUUUUGUUGUGCACUUCUCCUGAAUUGUGUUCACUUGGACAAAUGCCGACACUUUUCAGUCCUCUGCUUGUCGGGACUUGCUCUCGAUGUACUGUACCUUGACAGUGGUUUCCUUUGUGAAGAGGCUUAUUAUUUGAUUGGUUACGUAAUACUUCGCGAACCCGUGGGUGAUCAUAUUGUCUUUGUCUUGAUCUCAUCAAGCGCACCGUCGAGGAGUGCGACAUUGAGAAUAUCAAGGAGGCCACCUUGAUUUAUGUCAACGCCAUGAGUGGGAUGAUGGAGCGGCCGUCGGGGA